AAUUCAGGGGGUCAUUCCCCUAUAAAUAGCUUGGAUUGUCUCAAAAAAAUAGAUGUCAUCGAGAGAGCAUCAGAGCAAAGAGUGAUUUUGAGAGAAGUGAGAAGAGGUUCUGAAAUUUCUUGAAGACUCCAAGCAAACCUUGCGGAUCAACGAGCUAGCCAGUUAGGACGCAUACGAGUUCUGUGAUUUGGGGAGUUUGUCGCCAAGAUUAUUGAAGAAUGGAAAUGAUGAAGCGAGCAGGGGAGAUGUUUCUAGAUGCUGCUGCUGGAGCAGUAUCUGGAUCGGCCUGUGACUCCUUCCUGGAAUCGAUAGAGAAGUGGGGCACGUUGGAUAUUCCGGUCCUGGACAGAGUCAAAUCCACGGUGGAGAGUUUAGAGCUAUGCAUUCCAAAGAUGGAAGAUCAUGACAUGACGUUUGGAGAUGGAGUAAAAGAAGAGAUGAAGCGGGCAAGAAGGUUUCUUGACAAGUUGUCGGAGGAUAAUGACUUGAGCUGGUCCAAGACAAGUGACAACGACCAACUUGUUGAAUUGGAUGCGUCUCUUAAGAGUCUGGUGGGGAAACUGCGCCUGCAGUUAGCAACGGAGGUCCUGGGUUUGGGAAAGGGGACCAAGAGAAAACUUGAUGAAGUGGAUGAGACUGUUAAAGCAGGAUUCUUAGAUAUACAGAAGAGGCAGGAUGAUAUGCUCCAGAAAAUAAUGAAGAAGCUAGAACGGAGGGAUUUCUUUGUAAUGCAAGCUGUAAUUUUCCUUUCACCUACCACACUCACUUUUCAAACUUUUCAAUUGACCAUAAAUCUCUUAUUCUCUUGUAUUCAUAAUUAGGCAAAUACUUUAUAUUCAUAAUUAGGCAAAUACCGGAUGUGUGUAUGUAUUAUUCAAACAUCUCAUCAACUAGUUCAUUAAAAAGUUCGGUGAUA